CCUGCACGGAAGGUAAACGGCGAUGCAUUGCGCUGCCGGCGUGGUUUUGAAAUCUUGAGUGACAGUGAUCUUAAGUCAUUAUUUUAUACACGAACGCGUUUUUAUAUUGUUUAAUGUUUAGUCUGAGAGAGAACCCAUCCCAGUGCGAGUGUGAACGUGUUAAAGGUAUUAAAGUUCGGCCAGUUUUAGAGUAACCAAUGAGAAAGUAGUGUUGAUGUGUGUUUGUAAGAGUGUGUGUGAGAGAGAGUUUGCUGAGCCACGAUGGUGUUUUUCACUUGUAACGCGUGUGGAGAGUCACUGAAGAAAGCCCAGAUCCAAAAACACAUCUCUAUGUGCCGUGGAUGCCGAGUUCUGUCCUGCAUUGACUGUGGAAAAGACUUCUGGGGAGAGGACUAUAAGAGUCAUGUGAAGUGCAUCAGCGAGGAUCAGAAAUAUGGAGGGAAGAACUAUGAGGCCAAAGCAAAUAAAGGAGAUGUGAAACAGCAACAGUGGAUUCAGAGAGUCCAGGCGGCACUAGAUAAGCCGGGUGUGAGUGCGCGACUGCGCACGGUGCUGCAGCAGGUCGCCACCUACGACAACGUCCCACGCAAGAAAGCCAAGUUUCAGAACUGGAUACAGAACAGUCUGAGAAUUUAUGACUCCAGCCUGCAGAAUCAAGUUUGGGAGAUCUUCUCUUCUUCUGACAGUCCACAGCCUAACAAAGCCGAACAACCUGAACCCACGUCACCGCCAGCGCCAGCUGUUCAGGAAGAACAAGUGAAACCCGACGAGAAGAAAAAGAACAAGAGGGAGAGAAAAGAGGAGCGACAAAAGAAGAGUAAAAAGAAGCGAACGGAGAACGGUGACACGGACGACAAGCAGAAUGGUGUAGAAGAGCCUCAGAAGAAGAAAAAGAGGAAGCAGGCAGCAGAGGAGUGUGACGAGGAGGUAGAGAGCAUGGAGGGAAAGUCAUCAAAGAAAAAGAAGCAAAGGAAAGAGGAGGAGUGUGAAGAGAGCCAAGACAUGGAGGAAGUAGAGGAGGAAAAGGAAGCGCAAGAAGAGUCCAAAACUAAAGGGAAGUUUAACUGGAAGGGAACGAUCAAGGCGGUUCUCCGUCAGGCUCCAGAAGAAGGCAUCGCUCUCAAGAAGCUCCGCAAAAAGGUUUUAUCAGCGUAUUACUCCUUCAGCGAAGAAGACAAUCAUAAAUCAGAGGACGAGCUGUAUUCUCUGUUCAACAAGAAGCUGAAAAACCCCAAGUUUAAGAUCCUGAAAGAUAAAGUCAGACUUGUUCAGUAAUGUUCCUUUUGUUUGUACAUGAAGCCACACACAUUCGCCAGACCAGAAGAGACGUCUCCUCGAUCAUCUUGUUUUAUGUCCCAUCCGUGUCUAUUUUUCUUAAAAUAAAUGUUCUUCAUGAACAGA